UUGCAGCUGAUAGGCUCAAUGGCAAUAGGGUUGGGACUUGUUUAAUAAAAGCAUGAAAUGUCAAGUAAAACGGCGAACACUCUGAGAGUAAAGCAGCAUUACAGCACAAGAAUCCUGAGCAGAAGACAAUAAGAAGACUGUGAGCUCUCCUAACAUGAUGCCUACAGCUGAAGGCAUGUCCCACAUGAUUCCCAAUCACGUUCUGAGAGUGGGUCAGACUAUCCGCCUGGACUCGGCACAGGAGACAGGCAAUCAACAUCCCAGUCUCACCAAGCCCAGUGGUAACCAUGAUGACUCCGAUCUGGACAUCUCCCUGGAUAAUCUCAACCAGCUCAUCCUGGAACUGGAUCCGACAUUUGAACCGCUCCAGGUGGACAAAAGUCCCUUGUGCAUCAUCCCUCCCACAGCUGACUCGUGCUCAGAUGAAGAGGUCUCUCACUGCGUGUUGGUCCCACGAGGAUGUUCUUCCAGCUCCUCGCUCACCAUGGUCCAGUCUGUGUCACCCAGUAUACCUAUCCCUUCAUACAGCAAAACCGGCGGCAGGACCAACGGCAUGCAGGUGUUCUCCAGCUCCCCUACGUGCUUCCUGCCUCCGCUGCCAUGUGGAAGUGCACCUCGACGGAACGCCUCACCAAAGCAUGACACGGGCUUUUCCCAGGGGUCCCUCUUGUCAAACCCCAACAGACACAGCGUCGCCUCGCUCCUCUCCAUGUCAACAUGCUCAGACACUAGCUACAUCCUCGGCAGCAACCUGUCCUUGGCCAGUGAAGAUGCUGACUCUCCAGAGUCCAUGCUCUCCGGGACGUCGGGCUCCUUCAGCGAUGUGUCCGCACUGAGGCUGUUUGACAACAGGCACAGCCCAGACAAGCCCCUGCUGACAAAGCGGGGACAUCUGCAGGAGCUCCACAGCCGAGGAGCACAGAGCAGUCCUGCCUCCCUCACUGGAUCUUUGACCGAUAUUCCUGUACUGUUAGUCAACGGUGAACCAGAACCGCAGCUGCACAACCACUCUCCUGAACCCGACGUGGACUUGACACACACGGUCACCGUGUCCCACUCAAAGCCAUUCUCUCCUCACAGUUUCCAGGCCCGGUUUAAUGGCAGUCUGCCCUCAAUGAAAUUUGUCAUGGACACUUCAAAGUUUUGGUUCCGUCCACAUAUGAGCAGAGCAGAAGCUGAAGCCCUGGUAAAAGGCAAGGAAGCAGGAACAUUUGUGGUGAGAGACAGCACCUCCUACAGGGGAAGUUUUGGUCUGGCCAUGAAGGUGGACCAGACCCCCUCCAACUUCACUGCAACUGCAUACCCAGGAGAGAGCACUUCAGACGCCGUCAGACACUUCCUUAUUGAAUCAUCAACUAAGGGCGUACGCAUCAAAGGCGCGUCUCAGGAACCAUACUUUGGUAGCCUCUCAGCCCUGGUCUACCAGCACACUAUCUCAGCCUACGCCUUACCCUGCAAAUUACUGCUCCACUCCCAAGAUCUGGGCACAGCAGAAGAGAGGGCAAACGAUAAACCAGCAUCAGAGGACCAGGGUAAAACAGCUUGCAAUUUCAUCUACCUAAACGCUGUCCCCACGGAGACGCUGACGGGCCCCUGUGCCGUGCAGAAGGCAGUGUCCUCAACGUUCCAGAAGGUCUCUGGGUCCUUCAUACCAACCAUAGUCAACAUGAAGGUGUCGUUGAAGGGUGUGACACUGACAGACAUCAACAGGAAGCUUUUCUUCAGACGCCAUUACCCAGUUCACCUGCUCAGCUACAGUGGUGAAGAUCCAGACAAUCGAUUGUGGGUGAAAGGUUCCACACAUGGUGCAAGGAUGUUUGGCUUUGUGGCAAAAGGCAUUGAGGCUGGUAUGGAGAACGUGUGUCACGUCUUUGCAGAGUAUGACCCCCUGCAGCCAAGCAACAAGGUCAUGGAGGUCAUUCAGGCUGCCAUAGCCAAGCUGUAGACUCGAAAGGAGUAAAACAACUCACACAGCAUGUGGCUCGUAGGCCCUACUUAACGCUGACUAUAUUAACUGUACUUGUCUCAAGUUAACCUGUUCAGCAGAAGAAAAAUGUAAAUAGAUUGCGCUCUGGACUAACCUCAUCUGUAACAUGGUCAGAUGAAUAAAGUCACAUUGAAAAGGCAGGUGCAACUGCAGCAUAUAUGAAGAUAUUUACAGGACUGAAGAGAACCGACAGGGGGCCUACAACAUACAGUAUGAUUGUAAUUAAAUGGCACAUUGCUACUGUUAAAAUAAUGCACAACAAUAUUGAUCCCUUGCUGAAUAUAUGAAGCUGCCCAGAAAAUUAUGUUGGCAUAAAAUGUUAUUGUAUAAAACAUGAAAACAGCAGCUUGCAUAUAGGUUGGGACAUGGUUCAGCAGUUUAUUUUGUCUUAUUUCUUAAUGAGGUGAACUUCUCUGAUAGUGAUGAGGGAAUUCGAAGGUUCUGGAAGCACUUGUGAUAAUAUAAUAAUGUCCUUUUAUUUCAAAGCAGGGACUUUAAUAUACCCUAGUUGUAUAGGUCAGAAUGUAUUUAUUAUACUGCACUGUAAACAAUCUGUUCUGUAUAGUAAUGGACUUUUUUUUUUCUUCAAAUUGUUACUAUUAAAAGUGAACACACUGAACUCCUGAA